GGGGCGUGUCAACCAAUGGGGGCGGGCGGCGGCGGGGCUGAGGCGAGGCUGAGGCGAGGGGCGCGUGGCCGGCGCCGGCGCAUGGAGGCCAUGCCCUGCCACGACCCGCCGGCCUCGGGCGGCAGCGCCUCACGACAGAUCCGCUUCGCCGACGCCGGGAGCAGCAGCAGUCCGGGCAGCACCAGUAGCAGCAGCAGCAGCCUCAGCAACGGAGCGGCGCCGCCUCAGGCCCGGCCCGGCCCCGCGCAGCUCAAGCUCCUGCCCAUGAACGACCAGAUCCGGGAGCUGCAGACCAUCAUCCGGGACAAAACAGCCAGUAGAGGCGACUUUGUGUUUUCUGCUGAUCGCUUGAUCAGACUUGUAGUCGAAGAGGGAUUAAAUCAGCUGCCAUAUACAGAAUGCACAGUAACCACUCCAACAGGGUACAAGUAUGAAGGGGUGAAAUUUGAAAAGGGAAACUGUGGCGUCAGCAUCAUGAGAAGUGGCGAGGCAAUGGAACAAGGCUUGCGAGACUGCUGUAGAUCCAUCCGAAUAGGGAAAAUCCUCAUUCAGAGCGAUGAAGAGACUCAGAGAGCCAAAGUGUACUAUGCAAAGUUUCCACCAGACAUCUACAGGAGGAAAGUUCUUCUCAUGUACCCAAUACUAAGUACUGGCAACACUGUGAUUGAGGCUGUAAAAGUUCUUCUAGAACACGGAGUCCAGCCAAAUGUCAUAAUCCUGCUGAGCCUGUUCUCUACACCCCACGGUGCCAAAUCAAUCAUCGAGGAAUUCCCCGACAUCACGAUUCUCACCACAGAGGUCCAUCCUGUCGCCCCCACACAUUUUGGACAGAAGUAUUUUGGGACAGACUGAAGUACGCAGCCCAGUUUGUGUUUUGUUACUGUACGAUAUGACUAUACCCCUUUUUCUACGUUUUAUAAUUUGAAGUGGAGGCAUCAAUGGGUGUAUUUAACUUUUUGUUCCCUCUCCUUGCCAAAGGUGAAAAUAGUUGACCUAGGCCAAUGGUUUUUUUUUUUAUUUAAAAGAUGGGAUAUUUGGUCUCAUGUCUGGUUUUUAUUUUAAAGAUGAAUGGAGGGCAGUGAAGCACACCGGCGACGACAGACUCCUAAUGAUGUAAAAUCAAAAUUGCUGCAUUCAGUCCCUUUUAUUUAUUCCUUAGUAGCCUGCUUGAGCGGCUGCUUGCAACUGUAAAAUAAAGCAACUGUGACGGUA